UGUAGGCACUAAAUUUUGAAAUUAAAUAUGAUAAAUUCUUCAACUCUUCCCAGUGUGGCCAGGUUGGCCAUCAGGUCUGGCAAUUAUUUCAAAAAGACUACAAGUGGCUUUUGCCAAGGUUACGUUCAAGCUAACCUAAUGAUUUUACCAAGUAAAUAUGCAAAUGACUUACAGAAAUUUUUCAAGGCAAAUGAAGGUGCAUUCCCCCUUCUAUUUCAAUCAAAACCCGGUCAAUGUGAUGCUCCCCUCAUUUCCAAGAGUGAUUCUGACAUACGAACCGACGUUCCUGCUUACUGUGUCUGGAAGAAUGGUGAAAGAACUGAAGUGGUUGGUGACCUCCUCAAAUAUGCUGAUGUCUUUGAAGAUUUCACCACCUCUUAUUUAGGUUGUAGCUUUUCAUUUGAUCAGCAACUACUUCAGGCAGGUAUACCAUUGAGAAACAUUGAACAACAAUGCAAUGUCAGUAUGUAUAUCACCAAUAUAAGUUGCUACCCGAUUGGACCGUUUUCAUGCAACUUGGUCGUUUCACUUCGUCCAAUACCAAAGCAGUUAGUUGGCACAGCAUUUAAAAUCACCAGUCCCCUUAGCAAAUUUCACGGGGCACCAGUGCAUAUUGGCGAUCCAGGUCUUAUUGGUAUCAAGGAUAUAGCUGAGCCGGAUUAUGGAGAUGCCUUGACCUUUAAGGGAGAAGAUGUUCCAGUAUUCUGGGCUUGUGGUGUUACAGGAGUAGAAGUUAUCAAAGCACUGAAACCUCAACUAGCGUUCAGCCAUUUCCCUGGUUCAAUGUAUAUAUGUGAUACUCCACUAGAUGAUGAUGAUGAUGCUGGAUUAAACGAUAGUACUGGAGAUUCAUGUGUUAUAGAUAUAUCAGAUGAACCAUACUUCGCCAGUGUUGCUUCUAACUCAACCGUGAUGAAAAUCUCACAAUUGGAGAAACUGAUUAUGACGGAUCCUGGUAUGCGAGGAAUUGAAGGUAUUGUUGUAAAAGGUGACCUUCUGAAAUCGGCAAUGCUUCUGUCCCAUGCUUCUUCAGUGGCUAUUGUUAUAGGCUUCCCUUGUAUGAUAAAUGCUCCUUGUCUUUUUGAGAAUGAUGGGCUCUCGGGAGCUGUAGCUCUAGCAGUGAUGCUUCAGUCAUUGGGGAAAAUGGUUUGUUUCUUAGCAGAUGAGAACACACUUGAUGUGAUAAUGGAGUCGUUCAUUAAAUCGUUGUUAGACAAAGGUAUCUUGACCAAUACCAUACCAGUUGUUUCAUAUCCAUUUGAGAUGGAUGGUUUAAAAGCUUCGCAGUUUCUUACUGAAAAAGAUGGGUUAACCCCAAGAUUUGAUCAUCUCGUUGCUAUAGAACGAAGUGGUGUAGCUAAUGAUGGCAAUUAUUACACUGCAAAAGGAAGGGAUAUUUCCAAACACAUUGCAAAUAUUGAUUUAAUAUUUGAAGUUGCACUUUUAAUGCCGAACAUCAAAACAACCGGUGUUGGUGAUGGUGGUAACGAGCUUGGAAUGGGCAAGGUUUUGGAAAAGGUACACAAGCACAUCCCAAUGGGUGAGAAGAUUGCAUGUGUAACAGCUACAGACUGCCUGAUAACGGCAGGUGUUUCAAACUGGGGCGGUUACGCCUUAUCUGCAGCACUUGCACUUUUGUAUUUAUGUCCCAUUCAUGAUCGGUAUGUGAGGAGAUCAUCUGGAUUUUCACGAUCAAGUUGCGAUAUUGUCAAAAAUCUCCCAACUGUAGAAAAAGAAAGAAAGGUUUUGGAGAUACUUUUAGAGAUGGGGUUGUAUGAUGGUAUAUUGGAUAAGAAAUCGCUUAGUGUAGAUGGUCUUGCAUUUGAAGGAGUGCAUAAAAAAAUAAUUCAAGACAUUGGUGACGUGUGUUUAUAAGCACUAUAAGUGCUAAUAAGUCUGAACUUUUUUUUUAACAAAAACAAAUAUUUAAAAAUCUUAAUGUAAACCAUCUAUUCUUUGACUUUCAGACAGUCUACAGUUUGGGCUUCUAAUCGAGAUAAUAUGGGCUUCUUUCGAGAUAUUACUGACAUUCUGACUGAUGUUACCUUUGAUUAUUAUGAUAGCAUGUUAGUAUCAAUAUUAUUUUAUUGUACUAAAAACUACUAAAUUCUGUCUGAGCCACUAGGGCUCAUAUGGCUGGAGUUAUUUCCAGUUUCUGUAGUGUGAAGCUGAUGAGAGUUGUACUUCCUUGGACGGGAGACUAGUCCGUCUCAAGUUUAGUCCCCAGCAGCUUUUGCUGAUACCCAUUGAUACAACUGGGUGCACUGAAGCAAUGUAAGCCUACCUAAAGUGCCUUGCCCAAAGACACGAGGGAAUCUGCACAGCGGAGACUUGAAAUUCCGACCUUACAAUUGAAAGUUUAAACAUCAAAUGCUGCCCCAAACUGCCGCUACUAUUUUAUUGUACUAGCCUGGUUUAAACAAAUUUUAAAAUAUUUAACAGAAUUUCGAAUUCCAUGGUUAAAAAAAUGUUGUAUAGUAGCAAUUCCAAAAUUUACAGCAUUCAUUUUGAAAAGAAGCGCCCCUCUUUAUUUUACAAAAUUAAUCUUCAAAAGAGGCCCAUCUCGAAAAGAAGCCCAUCCAAGGGUCACAAAAAAGAGAAGCUGCCCAGGUUUCUAUAUAAGGUUUUACGUUAUAUUAUUCAUUUUUGCCUCCAUGUUUCCAGUGUUUAUAAGAUUAUACAAUUAUACAAUGGAGGAACUCUAUGAUUAUAUAGUACAGUGCAAAUGAUACAACUAAAAUGAAAUGCAAGCGGCUAGCUAGAUUAAUAUUAUUGUUGUUGUUUGUUGGCAACAUUAGUCAUAUAUGCAAAUGGUGAUUGUUUUGUAUUUGGCUCAUACUUAAAGGCUUGUAUAAUACUUAUUGAUACUAUUAUAUAAUUAAUUCAGAAGACGCAAGACUUGAAAUUUUUAAUUGGCCAUAUCUCUCAGCUCAAAGAAAGUACCUUCUACAGUAUCUUUUUUCAUUUAUAAAUUUCUCUUUGGUAAAAUUGAUUAAUCUGUUCAUGAAUGUCAAACUCGCUAUCUAAAUACACUACAUUUCAAACACCUGAAAGUUAGGACCAACUGUCUGCAUCUUUCUGCUAUUCAUGAACAUCAACAACAUCAAAACAACCGCUGUUGGUGAUGGUGGAAACGAGCUUGGAAUGGGCAAUUUUGAAAAAGUUGCAGAAGCACAUCCCAAUGGGUGAGAAGAUUGCAUGUGUAACAGUUACAGACUGAUAACUGCAGGUCAUGAUCUCUGUGUGAGGAGAUCAACGAAUGGGAGAAAGGGUCUAGAGAUAUUUCUCGAGAUGGGGAUUGUGACGGUAUGUUAGAUAAGAAAUCGCUUAGUAUAGAUGGGUUUUUUAAGGAGUGCAUAGAAAAAUAAUUCAAGACAUUGGUGAUGUGUGCUUAUAAGUGCUUAUAAAAGUCUAACUUUAAAAUACAAAUAUUCAAAAAUAUUAAUAUGUACCAUAUCUCUUUGACUUCCUGACAGUCAACAGUUCGACAGUUUUUACAUUUUCUGUAAAAUUCAAAAUGAUGAAUCAUGCAUUAUAGUAUAAGUUUUAUUGAUUAGGCCUAUGUGCAUUUCAGAUGUAUGUAAUGAAAAUGCAUUGAUCUUUUAAGGAAAAACUGGAGGUUUAGUUUUUGGUGUGAAGAAAACCAAAGAGUAGGUACUGCAGCAGGCCAACCUCCUUGAAAAAACCUACCGUAAAUCCUUGAUUAAGCGCAAUGGCGCUUAUACAAUUUUAGACGCUUCAGUGCCGCGCUUAUUCGAGAGCGGCCCUUAUUCGAAAAAUUGUUGGUGUGGCGCUAUAUCUUUCCAUGCGUUUCCAUGUUACUUCAGGUACCGUAGUUUGUAGUUUGGUACAUCAUCGUAAAUAAACGCUUACAAGUCUU